AUGUAUAAACACUAGGACCUCGGAUGGUGGUAUAUACUUAUAUAUAUAUAUCUGAUUUGAAAUAUGGAAGAAUAUUCGGAAGAGUGCCAAGAGAAGAGGAAUAAAAAUAUUGAUGGUGGAUACGCUUGGGUAGUGCUAGCCGCUACGUUUGUGGCCAACAUGUUCCAAAUGGCAUAUUUCCGAGCGUUUGGUCUGUUGUUUGUGAAAUUUCUGGACGAGUUUGGUGCUCCCGUGUCCUACACUUCGACGGUGAUGGGUGUGUCCGAAGCCAUGUACAGUAUCUCUACUUUAAUGGUGAUGGGUAUAUUAUUGGACUACUGCAGUAUUCGGAAAUUUGCAAUGUUUGGAGCAGCCAUAUGUGCAAUUGGAGUUUCUAUCAGUGCUUUAGCUAUGAGCGUGGAAUUCAUCAUCUUUUCUCAGAGCUGUUUAGUUGGUAUUGGACAUGGUUGUUCAUUUGGACCUAGUAUGGUACUCCUGGGACGAAAUUUUAAGAAACGACAAGGAUUCGCCAUGGCCAUUUCUAACGCAGGGGUUAGUGCUGGAGUCAUGUUGAUGCCCCAAAUCACCACCCAUCUCUUAGACAAUUAUGGAUUACGUGGAACGCAGUUGAUAUUGGGUGGGGUCAUGGCUCAAGCCAUUGUGUGUGCUGCACUGUACAGAGACCCAGAGAAGUCUGCAUCGAGAAACCAAAGCGUGGACGACACCGAGCCCGAAUCAAAGGAAACAAUGUUGAACGGCCAUGUAAUCAGACUUUCAACAGACACGAUCAACAUAAAAGAAUCGUGCAGCCAUGACGAUUUCAGAAAACGAUUACAGCAAUCGUUAGGCCAUGACCUCCAAGCAGCGCAUCAAAAUAUUCAUUCUUCCGAAAAUAACAUCUAUGCAUUGCCUCAACACAAACGAAUUUUACAGUUAUCAAAUGCCAGUUCACCAGCCAUGUCAAUGCUGUCGUUGCAUUCUGUCGGACAUCUGCAUCCGCACGCUCACACCAGAACGAGAUCACACCAAAACAUUUAUACCAGCAGUCCAAGUCUCGUGGACCUGGUCGUGACGUCCGUUCAAAAUUUUCCACCUCAACCAGAAAGCAAACAAGAAAAACUGUUCUCGAAAUUUAAGAAACUUUUAGACUUAAGCCUGUUCAAAACGCCCAUGUUUUGGAUUUUGGUGGGUUAUUGGCCGAUAUCGAGAACGGGAAUCCUAUCGGCUGAGAGUUUCAUUCCGGCGUUGGCCAUAGAGAGAGGAUUAAGCGACUAUCAGGCCUCCCUACUGCUCACUGUGAUCGGAUUGCUAGAUAUAAUAUUCCGUGUGGUAGCAGCAUUUAUUAUACAAUUUCAACUCAUUAAAGGUCAAUAUAUAUGCAUAUUUUCCCUAGUAAUGCUCGGGAUAAUGUUCGAAUUUGUGUCAUAUUAUCGUACUUUUGUAUCACUCAUGGCUAUGGCCUGUGUUUUCGGGGUUUUAAAUGGUACAUUCUUUUCUUUACUCGGUGAAGUUGUGAUAGAUUUGGUGGGUUAUGAGCAAUUUGCUAAAGUCUUUGGAUUUGUGCAGAUUUUCAGUGGAGCAUGCUCACUGACGUUUUAUCCAAUUAUAGGGAGCCUUAAAGAUUUGACGAAUACAUACACCUCGUGCUUUCAGCUGAUUGGUGCCUGCCUUAUAUGUGGCGGGGUUGUUUUGGCGCUAGAACCGCUGGCCAGACGACCUGAGAAGGAUAUAACUGAGGAGUACUCUAUCGUAUACUGUGAAGAAGAAACCACCAAGGGGGAGCAAUCAAAAGUUUGAUGAAGGGCAUAAUAAAUAGAUAUUUCUU